AGCGCCGCCGGCGGGGCCCGCUCCGAGGAGGGCGCCCCCGGGCUGGGGACAGGCCGCCGCCUCAGGCCCGGGACCUCGGCAGCUAAUCAGCGGGGAGAGGACGGACUCCGCCCACGUGGUCAGCGCGGGGCGGGGGCAUUGGCUCGGUCACGGCGGCGGGGUCACGUGGGCGCAGGUGAGUCGGGAACUGGCCUCUGCCGCCCCCAGAGUCACACCUGGAGGGCGGCGCCGUGUCACGUGACUUGCAGCGGAGGCGCCCGGCCGGCUGAGGUAACUUGGUUUAAAGCAGAUAAAAUGGUGAAACUAAUUCACACCUUAGCUGAUCACAGUGAUGAUGUCAACUACUGUGCCUUCUCCUCUUCCUGCUUGGCUACUUGCUCCCUGGACAAAACAAUCCGCCUCUAUUCUUUAAACAACUUUACUGAACUUCCCUACUCACCAUUAAAAGGUCACACUUAUGCUGUCCACUGCUGCUGCUUUUCUCCUUCUGGACACAUUUUAGCUUCAUGUUCGACAGAUGGUACCACGAUGCUGUGGAAUACUCAUAAUGGUCAGACGCUGGCAGUGCUGAAGCAGCCCCGAGGCAGCCCUGUAAGAGUCUGCCGAUUUUCCCCUGACUCCGCUUACCUAGUUUCCGGUGCAGCUGAUGGUAGUAUCGUUCUUUGGAAUGUGCAGUCAUUGAAAUUGUACAGAUCUGGGAGUGUUAAGGAUGGUUCCUUGGUGGCAUGUGCGUUUUCUCCUAAUGGAAAUCUCUUUGUCACUGGAUCAUCAUGUGGAGAUUUAACCAUUUGGGAUGAUAAAAUGAGGUGCUUGUAUAAUGAAAAAGGACAUGAUCUUGGUAUCACCUGCUGUGAUUUUUCUUCACAGGCAGUUUCUGACUACUCCCGGUGCCCCUCAUUUGCCCUUGUGCUGGAGUUGAUGAUGAAGAAAUGUUAUAGGAAUCUAAGGGGAGAACAAGGAUCUAGAUACUUCCGAAUGGCAUCUUGUGGUCAGGAUAACCAGAUCAAGCUUUGGCUUAUUUCACUUGCUGAUCUCUUAGGUUGUGAAUUAAAAUAUGAAUGCACAUUGAAUGGACACUCUGCCCCAGUCCUGGCUUGCGCAUUUUCCUAUGAUGGGCAGAUGCUAGUCUCAGGAUCUGUGGACAAAUCCAUCAUAAUACAUGACACUAAAACUGGGAGCAUCCUGCACACUUUAACUCAGCAUACCAGAUAUGUUACAACUUGUGCCUUUGCACCAGAUAUUCCAUUACUUGCAACAGGUUCAAUGGAUAAAACUGUGAAUAUCUGGCAAUUUGAUCCAAAGCAACAUUUUGCAGGAAGUGGCCUGGAAGAUGAACCUAAGAUGUCUAUUGAGAACUGGUCAGAGGAAGAGGUCUCAGUUUGGCUUUGUGCACAAGGUUUAAAAGACCUUGUUGGGAUUUUCAAGAUGAAUAACAUUGAUGGCAAAGAGCUGCUGAGUCUUACAAAACACAGUCUGUCUAACGACUUAAAAAUUGAAUCUCUAGGUUUACGCAGUAAAGUUUUCCGGAAGAUUGAGGAGCUGAGGAGCAACGUGGAUUCUGUUUCUCUUGGUAUUCCUGAUGAAUUCUUAUGUCCUAUAACUAGGGAGCUUAUGAAGGAGCCUGUCAUUGCAGCAGAUGGCUAUUCCUAUGAAAAAGAGGCAAUGGAAAACUGGAUCAGGAAAAAGAGACGGUCUAGUCCCAUGACAAAUCUCCCUCUCCAAUCUCUUAUACUUACACCAAAUAGGACUCUGAAAAUGGCCCUCAAUCGCUGGCUAGAGACUCAGCAGAAAUAUAAUGAAACAACUUAGUCUUGAAUACACCAAUUGUUCUGUCAAAUUAAUUGCAAUGAAUUGUAGGUAGUGGCAGGAAAUAACUAUCAGAAAUCUUAAAACACUGGAAAGGGAAAAGGUAAGCUUCUGUCCAUUAUGUCUUCAGUCUGUAACUCACACAGAGUCCAUUAAAUGCAGAACUUUAAACCAAAAAAUGAUUUUGGUGCCUAAUAAAUUAUUAGAGUUUCUUUUUAAUAUUUGAGCUUUAAUUACAAUAUUUUUGUAUAAGAAAGUUCAAAUGCUAAUUGAAAAUAUGUAGGCUUGGCAGAAUUUGAUUUUUUUAUUCUUUUAUAAUUUCAUUGGAUAAUGCUUUUUUUUUUCAAGUUUAUCAAUUUUGGUGGGUUAGACAAGAAUUAUUUAAUGACAGUUGAUGUUGAGAUUCAAAAAGUUAAAGCUUUAUAACUGUUAAAACACAAAUUGUCAACAUCACAUGUCACCUAUCUCAUAAAACUGGAAAGGACCUUGAAAGGUCA